AUGGCUGUCAUCUGUGUAUUAGACUUCAUGUUUAAGGCAUUUGAAGGUUCUGUUUCCUCCUCAGUAAUAAACAGGCUCCUAGAAUUUGAUAUAAUUGGUGUCUUUUCAUGGGGUUUUUUUGUGUCUAUACAGGAACUGACAACAGCUUUGGAGAAGAAUCCAGACAAUGCCGAAUAUUAUUGUCAGCGAGCUUAUGCUCAUAUCCUUCUACAGAAAUAUGCUGAUGCAGUUGCAGAUGCAAAGAAGUCCCUAGAGCUCAACCCGAAUAAUGCUGUAGCGCUCCUUAGAAAAGGGUUAGGUGAAUAUCAUAUCAACAACUAUGUGUCUGCUUUAGAGUCUUUCAGAGAGGGACAGAGAUUGGACAAUGUAGAUGAUACCUUUACUAUUUGGAUUAAAAGAUGUGAAGAAAGACUAAAUGCAUCACAGACAGAACUGCAGCAACCUCUGCCACCAAAGAUCAAAUACGACUGGUACCAAACAGAAUCUCAAGUAAUUGUGACUAUAAUGAUCAAGAAUGCCCAGAAAGAUGGUGUCUGUGUGCAGUUCUCGGAGAAAGAGAUGAAUGCAUCAGUGAGACUUCCAUCAGGUGAAGACUACAACUUAAAGCUUGUUCUUCUUCAUUCUAUAGUGCCCGAGCAAAGUACUUUUAAAGUGCUUUCCACAAAGGUUGAAAUAAAAAUGAAAAAGCCAGAGGCUGUAAGAUGGGAAAAGCUGGAGGGCCAGGGAGAUUCUUCUAAGUUAAAGCAAUUUACACCAGAUACCCAGCACUUAUAUCCAUCAUCCUCUCACUAUACGAGGAACUGGGACAAGCUGGUAGUUGAAAUCAAGGAAGAGGAGAAGAAUGAGAAGUUAGAAGGAGAUGCUGCUUUAAAUAAACUCUUCCAGCAAAUUUAUUCAGAUGGUACAGAUGAAGUGAAACGUGCCAUGAACAAGUCAUUUAUGGAGUCUGGAGGCACAGUUCUGAGCACCAACUGGUCUGAUGUUGGUAAAAGGAAGGUAGAAGUAAACCCUCCUGAUGAUGUGGAAUGGAAAAAAUUCUAAUCCUAUUCUUAAUCUUUUACCAUCUAUGUGUUGCCAUAGUCAUGUACUGACCACUGUGUAUGGACAUAGCAUUCUUGGAUUCAAAGCACUGAAUGUUCCCUUGGAAACAGGAAUUUGUCCUUAUAUUUUGCGUGCUUUAGAAAUUCCUUCCUCUGCAGAUGUUAAAGAUAUUCUUCGGAGUGGAGCCCUGUUUUUAUCAUCUCUGUCUAAUGUUUGGAAAUUGAGUCAAUCAGUCUAAAUUUUCUACCACCUUUAUCAGCUCUGCUCUUUGGGGAUAGGGUGAUCUGUAAUGGGCUGGUCAGGGUUAUUGCCUUACGCCCCAUAUUUCUGUUCAAUAACUUAUUACAUCUUGGCAACUUUGGGGUAAAACACUUUUAAACAACAGUGUUAAAAUUGUUUGCUCUUUAACUCUGCUAAAUAAAACUGUAAAUAUAAAUU